AUGGGCAAUGCUUCGUCAUCAUGCGAGGAGCCAAGAGCUCCAUACCGGCGGCGGCUCUCGAAGCAUCGAGCGACGAGCAGUUGGGUGCAAAGCGCCGGCGCGAGCGACUCUUUUGGCAUGCCGACAACGCCAAUGGGCAGUGCCUACCACGAGCUUGACGAUGCUAUUCCGACUGUACCAAAUUUCGCCAUGCUGCAGUCUCGAGACUUGUCCAGCAUCAAACAAGCUAAAAAUAUCCAUACCCUCGGCCAUGAUCUCUCAGCCGCAGCUGGCUGCUACAAGAGUCGACCCAGCCGCCACAGCACGGACGCAUUCCACCCACUCCGAAGCGCUCCCGUGUCAGGCAGCGCUCGGGCGGCCAGCAUGAAGGAGGAUGACGAGUUGGGAAAUGACGCGGAAAAUCAAAGGCUCGACGACAUUUAUUUUUCAUCACCUCCUGGCCUGAGCAGCUCCUCAUCAACAGAGUCUGGGCGCACAUUAUCCUCCGAUUCCGACACAAGUAGAGAAUUGCCACUUUACAUCCCGUAUCGGCGUCGCUCCCUACAACGAAUACCGGGCCUUGCCACACGGCCCGAAAAGUUUGAAUCUGAUGCUACCAUUCAUCGCCAAAACUUGCCCACCUUGUCAGCAAAUCAGUCAUAUUGUCCUUCAGUCCAGUCUGAUAACGACGCUGCUACCUUUCUCGUCUCCCCUAUCCAGGACCAAGACCUCGAUGAUCUCGGCAAUCCUGCUGAAACCGGCUUCAAGCAGCUUGGCAGCAUAAGAUUUGGCUCUCUCCGGAUUACGAAUGGCUCUCCCCUUUCAAUGCGGCAAGGCGAAGCGAAAAUGGAUGGAUCCGCGGUUAGUGGCAGCGACUCGAUUGACAAAUCGACUGCAUCAGGUGAGGGCAUUGACUCAAAUCGUGCUUUGCCGGCAAUCUCUCAUGCCAUUGAAGAUUCCAAUGACUCGACUUCGAUAGAGCAAUUAACUGCCAUCGCUCCAGACUGCCCCCCGGAAGGAUCUCUCCAAAAGGUGCCUGUCAGCGAGACUGUUCGAGGGCGGCAGGGCCGACUCUCGACUGAGAAUUCACGAGCAUCGGCUGAGACAGUACGAGCUAGAAUACCGUCUUUCAUUGAUGUUGUCGGUGAUGAGCAACUUAAUUUGGUUAGACGGCAAAGCAGACGAGUUACCUCGGACGACAGCUCCAGUGUAUACUCUGAUAAUUUCAUCCCCGUCAUGAUUGCCGAUGACAUUGCUUCACACAAAGCGACGCACAACGAUAAUAGCAAUGGACCGCAUCUUUCAUUUCAGUCUUUUCGCAAUCUCAUUCGACAAAACAGAGUCAAAAGUUAUCUGCAGGCAAAUAACAAGACGGCAGUGACGAAUAAGUCAUCACAUCAAAGGUCAGCAUCCGAACAAAGCGCUUCUACUACAACCUCGACGAUAAGGAGCCAGAGCAGACCGCGCCAUAAGUUGGGCAAGAAAAAGCCCCGCGCCUUGUCGCCACCAGCAACCUCGGCAUCCAAAGCAAAUAACGAUGAGACCGACGCGACAACGCCAUGGCCUGUGCCCCCGGGAGCAUCAAAUAGGGAGAGCGCCGCCAAAAAGGAUAAAGUCCAUGCACGGCGCAAGUCAGACAGACAAGUGCAUCGUACGCGCCCUUCACAAGAUGAAACGCCCUCUGUGCCUCGCGCUCCACGGCAACUGGAACACACCCUCCGUGAUCGCUUUAACGAAUACCAGACGACUUCAGAGCGAGUGCCUAUCCUCCUCGACAGAGCAAGCGCAACACCACGAGGACAGGUCAGCUUUGAACGAGACAUACCUAAGCAAAGGCAGGCGCCCGUCAGAGCCGAGCAACUACGACGGUCCCAAACGGCGGAGUUCAAGCCUCUUCCGACCCCGAAACCUGAAUUGCCGCAGAGGAGAAGGCCAGUAAAGGUUCCUGCACCCACUCCUAACGGGUUCGGGGCUCAAAGCUUCCAAGAGAAUCCACAAGAGCCGCGGAACAGACAAAGCAUGUUUUCGCCCAUGCCAUCGCACGUCCGGUCCCACACGGCGCCUCUGAUGGCGCAUCAAUACAGGCCAUACCACCACGACGACAAGGAACGGCGCCUGCAGUCUCUAGAAAGUGACAGCCCGUAUGUGUCACCUAUGAGCGAUGACGGUCAAGUGACUUGGCCUCUCACCGUAAACGAGGCCUUGAGCCGAACUGCGCCAAGAUCAUCGACUUUCCAGCCCCGUGAGGUCUCACCGCUUCGUCAAACAGUAUCCAUGCCCAGCAUUCACGGCGAUGAUGAUAACCGCUCGCUUCUCACACCGGCGCCCAUUAGCGCGCACAGUCGCCGCGCGCAGGAACUGGCAGAGAAAUGGAACAGGCAGCAACAGAAGAAGCAGUCUUCCAGGACGUCUCUGGAGCAGUCGCGACUGUCAGAACUUUACGAGCAGCUGCCCUCUCGCCGUCCGACGUUAGCGGGCGCAGUGGAGGAAGAUGAUGAAUUUCCGUUUGUGCUUGUGGAAAGAGACGACAAUCUGCCCCCAAUUGUUUAUCGAAAUGGGACGCGGAGGGGCUCUGAGGUUUCAAUGUGGCGACCACCAUACCGUGUUUUACAUAGCUACUAUUCACCGGCAUAUAGGAACGCACCGAUAUGGGGAUAA